AUGUCUGGCGACUACGGUCCUCCCCCCGGACCUCCACCCACCAGCGCCGCGCCGGGUAAGGAACAACAACACAAAUGGCAGGUGGCCGUGCCGGACACCGCACUGUUCCCUCCGCCGCCGGCCUUCUUCAGCGGCUACGACCGAUCCCCGGCGAACAACGCGUCGGAAGAAGACGCCGAAGCGGGCGAGGCGUGGUGCGAGCAAUACCCCCUCCUCCCACCCCAGCCGCUACCGGUGCAAGCGCUCCAGGCCCAGGCGGCGCACGAGAUCAGCCUGCUGUUGCCGCAAGGGUUCCGGGGCACGCUCGCCGCGUCGGCGCCGGGGGUCUGGGAAGGGCGCACGGACGUCAUGGCCAGGGACAGCUGCGUCAUCGGGUACCCGCCCAUGUACUCGGCGGCGACGCAGUCGCCUCUGGUGACGGGGCGGGCGUUCAAGAUGUACUACGAGGUGCACAUCCGGAAGGACAGCCGGCGGGACGAGGUGGAUCUGGGGUUGGGGUUCACGGCGCUGCCGUACCCCAACUUCCGCAUGCCCGGGUGGCAUCGCGGGUCGCUGGCGGUGCACGGGGAUGACGGGCGCAAGUACAUCAACGACCGGUGGGGCGGGAAGGACUUCACGGAGCCGUUUGUGGUGGGCCAGACGGUCGGGAUUGGGAUGUCGCUGGCGCCGCGGGGGGAUGGGACCAUCAACGUGGACAUUUGGUUCACGAGGGACGGGAAGUUGGUGGGAGGGUGGAACCUGCACGAGGAGAGCGACGCGGAGCAGGAUCUGCCGGUGACGGGGUUGGAAGGGUUGCAUGACCUGAGCUGUGCCAUCGGGAUGUUCGACCAGAACAGCUUUGAGGUCAUCUUUGACCCGAAGAAGUGGAAGUAUCAGGAUAGUUUCUAG